AUGAUGGGGAAACGUAGUAAAAAAAAGUUGCCGGGAGAAGAAGUCUUUGAAGAAACAACUGAGGAGGAAGAAGUUGACACCAGUGCUGAGGAAGAUUCUGAGAAAGAGCAACGCAAGUAUAAGCCGUACUUUGUAUCUGACUACAACAGGAGGUACCCUGAGGACUCUGUCCUCGUGGAAUUUGUUGUCUUUGUUGAAUCAAAUGAUGAAAGACCAAUCGGCACACGGGACAUGAAGUCUCUGUCCACACAUAUGAAGAGGUUCAAUAAAGGCAUUAAAUAUUUGCAAUCUAUGAAUAAAUACAAAAUAGGCAUUAAUUUUGAAAAGCCCUCUCUAGCGAAUGCAUUUUUAAAUAAUGUUACGUUUCUUAAUGAAUACAAAACGAAGGCAUCUAUCCCAGCUGUAGGGACAGAAAUAUCAGGAGUCAUAACUAAUGUUCCCACUAAUCUUUCUAAUUCAAGAAUUUUUGGUAUGUUAACGGCACAGGUGUAA